CUUGAAGCGAACGAAAAUGGUGGAGGUACAGUCGUCCGCUAUGAUCCUUGGUAUUUUGCUCUGUUGUCUCACUGAAAACACAGCAAGGUUUGUCAAAUUUUGAAUAUAAUCCUUAAGUUUAUGUUUAAGCGUAACAAUUCCCUACGAUGUAAAAGAAAAGCACACUUAAGUCAUAUAUAUUGCGUGGCUUGUCCCCGCUGAGCGUGUGUUCUGUGCGAGAAUCGAAUCAAACCACAGCGUUUAGUUUGCCUUAUCUCGAGCGAUACCUAAGAGUCUAAGGAAUUAUAUUUUGAUAAGAUUAAUUGCUUUCUACAAUGUAGGUAAUGCUAAAUUAAAUCCGAAUAAAACAUGUGGUCAUUUCUGCAUAGUCAGAUGGUUGACCACCUUUUGACUGCACCGACUGAUUCAGCCAUCACAGUACAUACAACGUGUAAUAUUGCAGUUACAUUAUCAAUAUUAAUCGUUUGUGGUUCAGAGAAAAAAUUCAUUAAAAUCGAGGUAGAGCUCUGCGAAAAUGCCCUAAGGUUUUUGUUUUCCAGAGCUCCCUGGGAGCUUCCGUAGUAAAACAUCCGGGGGGGAAGGGGGCAGGGGUAGCCCUAUAAUGGCCUAUACCGGGAGGCUCCGCCCCAAAGGGGUACCUUUUUCUGGCUUCAGGUAAAUAAAGGGGUAGGGAUUUUACUCAUUGAAGUAUAUGAAUGGGUAGGGAAAUCUGUCAUUUGGGUCUGUGAAAGGGCCCAAAGGGCCGAAUGGAUGAAUUUUAUGGCUUUAUAAAGUCGGGUAACGGUCUGUAUUUGUGAUUAAUUCCUAUUUAAAUGCCAAGGCAUUUACAGCAGUUAAAAGGGAUGCAAAAUUCUAAAUGAGGUAUAUGAAAGGGGUACCUUUUUUGUGAAAAAUGGCUUAUAAGAGGAUAUAAGGGUUUGGACCUUGGGGCGGAGCCUUCCCGCAUAAAAAUAGUUACCACCUACCCUGGCCACAGAGGUCCAUUGUUGAAACACCUUGGAUGAAAUAAACUGUGUUCAUGCGCCUCGUUGUCACAGCUUCCUUGCAAACCAUCAGGAAUUAGGUAAAGAAAAACCCCUCUGGCCCCCAGGUUAGUCACCACCAAAUACUCAAAUUUUCAAACAAAACAGGUAAAUUUAAGUUGAUCUUUGCUUUGCUUUGUGUUUGCUUAUUAUUUUAGGAAUCCUCCAAAAAUUGUUACAAAAGGUGGAAGCCUUGUUUUACAAGCUGGUGAAGAUGGUAACAUUGUGUUUGAGCCUGCUCAUGGAAAACAAGUUCUUAUUGGUGGAAAUGCAUUAGUACGGCAUUUGAAUACUGUUAACUUCUUCAGCUAAUAUAAGUCCCCCCAGUUAUUGGCCCAUCUACCUGUAAACAAAAAAUACAUCCCUGCAGUUAAAAAGCCCCUGGAUAUAAGCCCUCUUUUGCUUGUAUUAAAAUGAGUUAGAUUUGUUAUGAUGUUUUGAGUAAAUUCGAAAGGUAUUUCGAUCAGUACUGCUUAGUAUCUUGCACUGUUUUGAAAUGCUCUUUUGCAGCUCGGUUAGAAGCCCCCUGGAUAUAAGCCCCGCCCUUCAUAAGCCUUCCCAAAACCCUUACAAAGUUGUAUAAGCCCAGAUCGAGCUUAUUGGCAGAAGUUUAUGGUAAUGCUUAACCCCAACUGACGGUCUCCAUUAGAAAAACACCCCUUGGCUACAUAUUUCCUCUUUAGAGGGGAUGUUUUUGAAUGGAGUCCUUCCACUGACAUUUAUCUUCUUGGAAAAACAUAAUUUCAGCUUGCGAUAGACCGUGUAUGCAGUGUGCAUUUUCAGUCCUUUGAGGUUCAAUGACUGAAUAUCCAUUUCAAGAAGCCCUUAGGUCUGAUGACGGUUUUGGACAUGUGCUACCCAUAGCCCUCCAAAUUUAGAUUUAUCAUCACUUUUUUGGUGCUUAAAUUGUGAACCAAAACAGAUUUGAAAUAUUAUAAUCACAUCAUAUCCUAGAUUAUAAAUCCCAAGAAAAUGACUUCAUAGGGCGGUACAUAGCUGUAAAGGUAUUUUGUGGGAGUAGCCAUUUUUCCUGCUUUUUCUACAGAAAAGCAAUCUUAUGCCUUUUCCCACCUACCCUGCUAGCAUGAUUACGCCCAUUAAAUUCCUUGCAAAGGGGACCUUAAGAUACACCAUCUUUGGCUACGGGUACAGGAAAGGGGACUUGCUUGCCAUGCAAUGAUUUCCCAGAUGUGGUGGUGGCAUCAUUACUCUAGAUAACAGGGAGCCUAUAGCCAUUUCUCCAAAAUGAGAAGCAGCCUACUUACAGCCCCCUCCCCCUGCCCUGUUUACUGGAAAGAUUUGGGAAUCUUGAAGUCUUUUUUACUUCACUUACAUGUUACAGGUCAAAAUUACAUUCAGGUUAAAAUUUUUUAGCCUAGAUUUUUUAACCUAGGUUAAUUGAUUCUCAAUUUCCUUUGUCUCCUAGCUAGCCUUAAUUAUUCAUGUAUUUAGGGCUAGGAGACAAAGGAAAAUGAAGAUCAACCUAGCUUAAAAAAAUUUUAACCUGAAUUUAAUUUUGACCUGUAACAUAUACAUUGAAAAUUUUAUUAUUUUUUCAGUAUAAUAUUAUUAUUAUACUGUCACUGCACAAGUAGCAGGAAAGAUAAUCCUUGCAGAAGUAUCACACGCUGAACCUCUCUCCAUACUCAUUUUGUAAGACAGUAUGUAUAUAUAUAUAUAUCAUCCUUGUUCACACUCAUAAAUAUCUGGAAAAAUUCCUUUAGCAUGAUCAUGUGUAUAAUUCGUUUAUCAUUUCACAGAAUAUAUCAGGAAGUACAGGAGCUAAAGGGGAGGUAAAAUCUUCACUCUAUUAUUCACUAAUAUUGUUUACUAACAUUCUAGUAAUAAAAACAAAGCUUUUGAGUUUUUUAAUAACCAUAACUUGAAUGUUCUUUUCUAUUUUUUUGAUCAAAGAAAGGGGAUCAAGGACCUCAAGGCCCAGUAAGAUAAAACUUCAUAUUUUGAUAAUUUAUUUCAGCUCAGUGCUACCUGCAAAUAACUGAGUGAUCAACCUACAAAUUGAAUGUACUUUUUUCAUUCUUUUCCUUCCAGGGUGGAAAAACUGGAGAUAUGGGAAAGCCUGGACAGGUCAGUUUGUUAAGAACAUUAUUAACAGCAAAAACUUUUGACCUUUUUUUCCAAUCAUUUUCAUGAAAAAUGAGCAACCAGCACUUCAAAACGUGCAUUUAACAGCUUGAUAAAUGUUUGUCUAUUUUAAUGACUUAAUUAUUGUUUCCAAUUUCUUCUUAUCUUCUCAACAAGAAUGGUACCAAAGGAGAGAAAGGAGAGCCAGGACAAAUAGUAAAUGUGGUAAUUAAUUUCCUGCUUGAUCUUUAUGUUUUAGUUCCAAACAUUUUACAAAUCUUCUUAAAAAGAUCUUAUUCUAUUUUUUAUUUUUGGUGCUGGUACUUGUCGCACUCAAAGAUCACCUAAGAUGGUAAAUUAGAAUACAUUCACAGCAGUCUACAUCUACAUCUUCAUUUUUUCAUCUACCAGAUAACUAACUAAUCUGUAGGUUGCACUGAUAUCCAAAAUUAACUGUAGGCUCUUAACAAAUAAAUGAGAAAACAGAUAGUGAGUACAAUUUGAAAAUACCAAUAAUUUCAGUUAUAUUACUAUUAUUAGUAUAUAUUAAUAUUUAUAUAACAAAAUUUCCUGUUUCAGAAAGGUGAUCAAGGUCCACCUUGAAAGGUUAUGCUGAUACGUGUUGUGAUUAAGAUAUAUUUUAAUCUAGAACUGUCAGUACUCUUACUCAAUGAUGGACUAUAUGACAAAAUGUCCUCUCCAAAUAGGAAACAAUAUUGGGGGUCUUCUUUAUAAAAGAACUCUCAGCUUGUUCCAUCUGAUAGGACCUGAUAGUUUAAAGAUCCUGCAACCUACAGUUAUCAGUAAUUGAGUUAUCAAAUGUUAUUUUCCUAGAAUGGUACUGAUGGCAUUCGAGGACCUCCUGGUGAAAAUGGAACAAAGGGAGAGCCUGGUCCUCGAGGGGCACCUGGACCAUUAUUUAACACUGUGAAUCAGUCCACUUUGAGGUAAGGACUACAAAAUUUUAUUGAAAACAAGGGCAUGUGUUAAUAGACUCAAUCCAUAUUAGAUUCUUGUUUGUUAUGUACUGGACAUAGCCCAUCAAUAAUAUUAAUAGUGUCCAGUGGGCCUUCUUCCCAAUUUUGGAUCAUGGGUGUGAAUACCUUAUUAUUUUAUAGCCUGAUAAUGACAUCACUGUAAUUCAUGUUUGCCGACUCUUUUUCUUGACUUGAUUUUGGCAAUGAGAGGUAUGAUCAUCAGUAUUAUAAGCAAUAAUUAAAAUGACCUGGUACUCAUUCAUUUCACAGGUGCAUGGCUAAAUAUUGUAGGGAUCAGCAUGGACUGAAAGCACUUAUAUUAACACAAGUUAACCCAAAGAACUUGUCUUGUAACAUUUUCUUUUAGAUGUGGUAAUGCUAGUGAUUAUGGCUCAGUCAGGUUCAUGUCUGGAUUUCUUCAGGUAAUCCCUGAGGGAUCGGAGCAAUGAUAGUUCUAUCAAGUAGCACUGGGAAAUGUUCCCAGUGGCAGGGAGUAAUGAGAAGUCACUGUUUAAUUAGCAGGCUGAUCUGUUUAGAGUUUCUUCUUGGCUUGUCAUCUGGUUCUCGUUUCUGUGAGACUAACAUCUAAAGGCCAAUUUGUUUUAGAAUGUAAGGGCCCAAGGUUUAUCAGCUUCAUGAUUAUUAAACCUCAGUAAACAUGUUUAAAAUGGCAUUACUAUAAGUCUGUGGCCUACUCAAGAUAAUAAUUUUUAUUGACUUUGAUUCAAUCCUCAGUUAGUUUCAAAAAAUGAUCCACCUGUGUAGAAAUCAAAUGUAGUUUUUCUGAGUUAAGUUCUAUCAUAUACUGGAUAUUAAUCUGGAAAAAUUUAUACUGUGAGCACUGCACGACUCUUUUAACACAUAAAUUCUUGUUUUUUUUUUCCUUCAUGCACCUGUAGGUCUGUACAGAAAUGGGUUGGCAGAAACUGGCAUUUCAAGACAGUCUAUGCCAAACGAACAUCCCAAAGAUGAACCAUGAAGCCUUUCAAACUGCAACCUUGGCCGUUUUAUUCCAGUUUAAUGGCAAUUUGAAUGUCAAUUUUGGUCCUAAUAUGAAUAUCACAAACAUAACAACAGGUAGCAGAACUUGUUGUAAGUCAACAUAAGUUGAGAGUUACAUGUAUGCUAUUUAAAAUAAUUUUUCUAAAAGCACAAGUAUUUGUUCGUUAUGUACCCCGAGGUGUAACAGGUGACUUCUCUGACCAUCAACUGGAUUGGACAGAAAACUAAAUUUUUACCACCUGCUUUUCUGGAGCAGUUGUAGGAUUUUGACAAGGGAAAGGUCACCUCUGAUGAAAGUUUGUAUCUAAGGUGAAAAGAUACUCGUGGCAAGAGGAUGGGUGAAGAUCGAGGUACCCAAGGAAUUCCUUCUCCUCGAUAGACCCUCCCACAAUGUUCACAUGUAUGCCACUAAAACACUACAUUUCCAAGGAUUCUGUUUAAGUAUAAAUGCUCCCUUCCACCAGGGUUUUUAAGUUGUCAAAAUAUCAGUGAUGGUUGUCAGUUGUCUGACUCACCAACACUCCCCUUGCACAGAUGAACCAGUGCUAAUGAAAAUGGAACAAUUUUUUGCUUUAUUCUGAUUUAGAGUACCAACAAAAGGGAGGGCGAAACACCACUCAGUAUGUUGAAAGUUUAAUGGGGAAAGCAGUCCAGCUGAAAGGUCAGGAGUACAUCAAUUUACAUGGUAUACCAGCAGAUUUCUGGACUUAUGAUGAAUGGUCUGUCAUGGGCUUAAUGAGAUUUCAUGAUGAUGGCAUAUUGGGCAGCAGUAAAGAGAUACCUGUUUUAGGUGAUGGAGAACCUCUCAAAGAUAAAGGAUUUCAUCUUGGUUUAAUUAAACAGGUACUUCAUGAUAUGCGAAGAGAUAGGACACAAUACGUACAGCACCUCUAACCAUGACAAACUGUGUGCAACAAAACCUUUGAUGCCUUUUCAAUAUUUCUCUCUCUCUUUAGAAAUUGUUGUUUGGUUUCUAUUCCAAUGAUGUUACAGGAGUGACCACAAUAAAUUACAAUCAGUGGUAUCAUGUUACUUGGACUUGGAACAAAAAUGACCUUGCGAAUCCUCGGUAAGAGCAGUAGAUGGUCACAAGUCUGAAUCUAAAUGUUAGGGUAAUAAUAUUGUUCCAAGAAACAUUACCAAUUAAUUUGUUAAAUUAUAUUUUAUAAUAAAUUAUUGCAUGGCUGCUUCUGCCAGGGGAAAAGAUUAAGUGAAUCUUUUGUUUUUGAUAGGCAGGGUUGUCAAAAAAAAUUUCAAGGACAAAGUUUGAAAGAAGACAGUGCUGGGAAAUGGUGACACUUUGAUAUAUUCCCUCUAUUUCGUUUUAAUUAGCUGGUGAAUGGAAGUAGCUGGCAAUAUCCGUGGUCACCAGCACUGUUUGACAACCCUGGAUGGCUCACUUGGAAUUUCCCACAUUUGUUCUGCAGGAAUGAACCUCUCCGAACCACAUUAACAAAUCCUUGAUUGACCAAGGUUGGUCAGUCAAGACAUCUAGAAUAUCGGCCUCAUUCUUUUUUAAAAUUUUUUCUUGACCUCGACUUAAUGUUGGUCCACAAAUAUGCCAAAAGCAAUAGCCAAAUUAUAUCCAGCCAUCCUGACCUUAAACUUGGUCAAUAAUGCAUAUUAAGUAUUGCUUCAUCAGUAUGACCUUUGUUGAGCACCAUAUUCAUGUGAUUCAUCUUUUUCUUUGUACAUGUAACAGGAAAAUAAUUAUUGAUGGCAAUAUAGAUAAAGAGGACAAGCCUCAAAACAACUUCAAAGGAACAAGUGGGAAAACACAAAUUGGAACUUGGUGGAAUCAGAACAAUCUAAGAACAAAUGUAGAAAUUGAUACUCUCUACAUUGUCAACAAAGCAGUAAUUUACCCAUCCAGCAGCGUCUACCAACAGCAGUGUUACGCAAAGGUUUUUAACUCUUAUAUGCCAUAGUCCUGAAUAGUCAUGCUGAUGAAGGUGCAGAAUAGAGGCCUGUUAACACACCCAGAAGCAGGCCAUUGAAACUACUGGUUCCCAAUGUUUUCUAGACUGAAAUGACGUUAUAGUUAGGUCAAGAUAAACUGGCCUUUACACUACAGUGAAAUCAACACAGGUUAAAAACAGACACCACUUAGAACAGUUCUCAAGAUUGUACUCUAGCAGGGCCCAGUGGUCCCUGCUGCCUAACUUUUGCUCUUGGCCAGGGUGACUAGAAAAUCGUAGAUUUU